CAAGUGGAGAAAGAGAGGGAAGGAGCAAGUAGAGAAAGUGAGGGAAGGUUCAAGUGGAGAAAGAGAGGGAAGGAGAAAGAGGGAAGGAGCAAGAAGGAGCAAGUGGAGAAAGAGAGGGAAGGAACAAGUAGAGAAAGAGAGGGAAGGAGCAAGUGGAGAAAGAGAGAGAAGGAGAAAGAGAGGAAAGGAGAAAGAGAGGAAAGGAGAAAGAGAGGAAAGGAGAAAGAGAGGGAAGGAGCAAGUGGAGAAAGAGAUGGAAGGAGCAAGUGGAGAAAGAGAAAGAAGGAGCAAGUGGAGAAAAAGAGGGAAGGAGCAAGGGGAGAAAGAGAGGGAAGGAGCAAGUGGAGAAAGAGAGGGAAGGAGAAAGAGGGAAGGAGCAAGUAGAGAAAGAGAGGGAAGGAACAAGGGGAGAAAGAGAGGGAAGAAGCAAGUGGAGAAAGAGAAUGA